AUGGAUUUAGUAUAUGGUUUCCAAAAAAGAUGUGAAGUAAGAGUUAAUCCUAAAAGACAAAGAGUAAAUGACUCAAAUUCUUUAAAUCCACUUGAUAUUGAUAGCAGAAUUUAUGCCAAGAAAGGUAUAUCAGAGAUAUGCACAGCACUGAAAAAUUAUUUUCUUGUAAACUAUAAGAAAAUAAAUGAAAUUCAACCACCUUUAAAAGCACUGGCAUUUGUUGAUCUAAUACAUAACUUUGUUGAUCUAUGUAUUGUUGAUGCUGCAAAUGCUCAAAUGGAUACUCAAAAUAUUUAUGAAAGAACAAUCUACUAUAUUAAUAUCUGGAUUAAUAAUUUAAUUUGGAAAAAUGUUGAACUUGUGUUUUAUUUUGAAUGCAGGAGGCUUAAUCAACAUCAAAAUGUUCCAAAUAUCAAUGAAUUACUAAAUAUUUUCUACUAUGAUAUUAUAAAUGGUUUUAAUAUUAGUGAUCAUACUGCGCUGUUUAUAAUUGAUGGAUUAGAUGAGUUUAAAUAUUUAAAUGAGUUAAUAAAUCCAAGUUCAACUUGUAACCAUCCAAUUGUUAAUGCUUUAGCAGAAAUCCAAAAAUACAAACAUGUAAUUGCUGGUAGAGUUUAUGCUAUUGAUCAAUACCAAAGUAUAUCUGCAGAGCAUACUGAUAAGUCAACCAUCCAAGUAAUGGGUUUUAAUGAAAAUGGAAUUAACAAUUAUGUAGAAAAUAAUGUUAAAGAAGAAAUAAAAGAAGUUAUUAAAGCAACUUUGAAGGAGUCGCCAAUUGCAAAAGCCAUGGCAUCUGUUCCAUUUUAUUUAUCUUCCAUGUGUAAAAUUAUUAGUGACUCAAAAAAAGUAUAUACAAAUUCCUUCCUAACUAUGACAGAUUUGUAUGCAAAUAUUUUUUUAUACUUUUUGCAAAAACAUAUAAUCAAAAGCAAUAAAUUGAUAUAUGAGAUAAUGGAAGACAAUUUUCAUAAAAAAUAUAUUUUAGAUAUUUGUAAAAUUGCCUAUGAAUUGUUUGUUGAAAAUAAAGUAGUUUUUUCUAAAGAAGAAAUACAAAAUUUUAUUAGUGACUUUGAUCAAAAUGAUGGUAAUCUUUUUGGAUUUAUUGAAAAGAUUGAAACAAAUCUGGGCUGUCAUUAUCAGUUUGCACAUUUGACAAUAAUGGAGUUUUGUGCAUCUCUAUAUGCAUAUAAUUGUUUAAGUCGUAAAGAGAUUAUGGCCAAUGAAAAGCUAAAGAAUUGUUUAUCAAUGAUUUGUGGAUUAACAAAUAAAAGUCAAAAUAGUUUGUUAAAGUUUCUUGUUAACCUAAAUUCUUCAAGAUUUAGAAACCGGUUCUUUAAGAGGAGAGUAAUUGGUUGUAGUGGAAAUAUAUGGAUUUUAGACCGUCUACGCAAAAGUCAUGACGAUAAUUUAUUCAUCGAAUGCUUUUAUGAAAGUCAAUCAUCAUUUACUAAUGAAAUAAAGUCUAUCGUUGAUAAACGAGAUGAUAAAAAUAAUAAGUUUAUGUUUGGUAAACGUAAGUGGUGGAUCUCGAUUAACGAUGUAAAAACUUCUUACAAAACUACUUGCGAAAAUUAUUUCAUAAACCAUUACAUAAAAUCUGAAAGAAAGUUAUGGAGGUUAGAAGUUGAUAAAAAUAAUUUAAUUGAUGAAGAAAAAAAACUUUUAUAUCAAUGUUCAAUUAAUGUUAGCGAUGUGUACUUCCAUCGUCCUAUUAAAUUGGAAGGAUGCAAACCAAACAAUAAGAUUGAAUGGUUAACAAUAUGGAUCUCACGUUAUUUAAUAACAAAAAAUGAUUUUGAAGAAAACUUUCUUCCGUGGAUUAAUUUUUGUGAAGGAUUACGUCUUCACCUUCACUACGACAUUGAUUUCAUUGACGAUGUUUAUAAAUGGAUUCGUUGUUCAAAUAUCAAGAAGUUGUUGAUCAACUACCGAGGGAAAUAUUUUCAUCAUCUUGAUGAAUUAAAAAACUUUAUAACACAUAAAAAUGUAUAAUAUUACAAAUAUAUAUAAAAUAAAAACAAUGAUUUUAAAAUAAUAUUUAUGGUAUUGUUUUACAAUUAAAUAU